UGCUCAUAGUAAGUUUGCUUACAGUUGCAAAGUGCAAGCUCUUUUUUGCCUGUGAUGGCCCUUGCUCCUCAAGAGAAGGAAAGGAUUGUUGAUAUGGCGGCUGCUCCUGGUGGUAAAACAACCUACGUUGCUGCUCUUAUGAAAAAGAGUGGUAUAAUUUAUGCAAAUGAGAUGAAGGAGUCAAGACUCAAGUCGCUUACUGCAAAUUUACAUCGUAUGGGGGUGACAAACACUAUAGUUUGCAACUAUGACGGGAGAGAGUUGCCCAAAGUUUUGGGUCAGAACACAGCUAAUAGGGUUUUAUUAGAUGCUCCUUGCAGCGGUACAGGGGUUAUAUCUAAAGAUGAGUCUGUCAAAACCUCUAAAAACUUGAAAGAUAUACAGAAGUGUUGUCAUUUGCAGAAGUUGUCAUUUUCACUGGUGGAUUACUAG